UUUCAGUUUCAGUUGGCCGAUGGUGCGCUUACAAAACGCCGGUUCUCGGCGGACGCGUUCGCUUUCGCGCUCCUCCAAAAAAAAACCGUUAACCCCGAGAACCCCGCACACACAGAUACUCUCACCCACUCACUAACACACACACACACACCCACACUUCAUUUUGGGGGCGGUGAAAGUGCAAUAAGAAAGUGCAACAGUGUGUGGCAGGGCAAGGGGAAGCGGUGUUUAUUAGGAGGGUUUUGGGCGGCACUCUGGAACCAACUUUGGCAAUUGGCUGGCGUUAUUUUUGGAUUAAGCAGCGCCAAAUUGUAACAGACGAACGAACAACGACCGACAAUUAACGAUUAACAUUAAGUCCACUUGAAGUAGGAUUCUUUUUAAAAACUGCCAGCAAAGAAGAAGAACAACAACAACAGAACACCGAUAGGCGGAAUUAAGUCGAGUAGAAAAUUUUGAAAAAUAUUUUUUAUCAACAAUAUUUUUGAAAAACUUUCGAAGACAUCCGAAGAAGUAGCACACAGAGAGCCUCGAGGCAAACAAAAGGCAGCCAAGAAGGAACCGAAGUUAAACAUUUCAAAGGAGCAACUUGAAUCCGCAGGAAGAAGCAGUCCAGAAAGGAUACACAUAUAUAUACGCAAAAUAUAUAUAGAAAAUGGCCGCCCUACAACGGAAACUGGUGCACAAGCAGUUCAACUCGCCCAUGGGCCUCUAUUCCCAGGAGAACGUGAAGGCCACCUUGAACCGCGAGCUGAAGGCCUUCGGCGGCGAGGGGAUUGAAGUCGACGACCAAAUCUCGAAGCCCCUGAACCUGGCCAACUCGGCCGUUCUGCGCGCCGUCGAAGAGGAAGAACAACAAGCCAAAUCUGAUUUCUACCCCACUGAAAGGCAGAGCCGCCGGCGUCAGCGUGGAGAGGGGGAUGCACUGCAUCACACGCUGCACCAGCAACUGCUGGACCAGAUCAAGACGGACUAUCUCAGCCACCAGCAGGACAUCACCAUCGAUCGGGACACCGUGCUGAAGAUCAAUCGACUGGCCACCAAACGGCAUUUGCUCAAGAGGGAUCACAGUUGGCCACCAUUGGAGCAGGAUGUGGCUAGCAAUGCCGAGUCCCAGGGUCAUCAGAUCUCCUGCAAUCCCUCGCACAGUAUUGAGGCUCUGAGAGAGAAGUUCCAGAGUCCCACAAGGAUUAUAGAACCAACGGCUAACCAGGUGAGGGAGCAGCGGCAAAGGGAGGGUGGCUCCAAGGAGAGAUCCAAAACGCCCCAAAGGAUUUCAGGUGACCGUGACCUAUCAGAGGUUUUCCAUCAAACUCCCGUCUCCAAAGGCUUCUCCGCUCCCGAAACCAAGGCAGCCGAUGUGGACUUGGGUUUGGUGGCACCACGAUGUGAAUACUACGAGCAGUUGGCCCACAAAAGGCCCUCAACUCCAACGCUACCCACUCCAGUCACACCUUACCGGCCAAGACCCAAGAGGCAGGCCUACUCCCUGGAUCGUGGACGCUCCCGUAAACGGACAGUGGGUGCUCCGGAAUUGCCACCACCCAAACCGAGGACUUCCAAGCCAAAAGUCCAACGCAGAUGCAUCAAACUGGCCACCGAGGUGAAGAUCUCCUAUGGCCACGACGGCGACAGCGAGGAGGAGCCCAAUUCUGGGCAAGAUGUGGACUUGGAGACCUUGCCGCUGCCGCCGACACCAGCUGCUGCGAAACUCAAUCAGGCGAAUACAGCGGGCCGUGGGGUAAUUGACAACCUGGCAGUUAAGCAGCAGCAGCAGAUGGCCCUUUCAUUGGCCACAAAUGGGAGCAUUAGCCAGCCGAAUCCGUACCCAAAUCCAAAUCCCUCGGCCAACACUCGUAUUGUGCCCGUUCGCGUGGAAACCUCGACGGAUCAGCUGAAGCUGAGUGCCCAGCAGAUCUACGACGACGCCUGUUCGUAUCUGCAGGAUCACCAGGAGAUGGAGGAGGAGCGGGAGAGUCCCACCUAUGUGAGUGCCACCGGUGGCAUCAAGUUGCUCCAGCGACAGGGCAGCAGCUCAAGCGCGCCAACAACUCCAAUUCCAGCGCGACCCACUCCACCGCCACCCGUGAUGCGUUCCAAGUCUGGCCAGGAUUCCCUCACCAAGGAGAAGCAAACGAGGAGGCAGGGCGGCAUCUACCGACUGGAGACCGACACGGAGAAGCAGCACGAGGCCCAUGUGGAGAUUGCCCAGCUGGAGGCGAAAUAUGCCCACAUACAGCAGUCCAUAGCAGAGCACUUACUGCAGAUCGAUGCCUAUAUGGAGAAUGCCAAGCAGGCGCUGCAGAGGAGUGCCCAAACCACACCGGUACCUACUCCUCCACCGCCACCACCUCCACCACCGCCACCACUCAUACCAGCCAGACCCAUUAGCUCCGGAUCCAAUGAUUCCUGGGAAAUUUUCGCACAUCGACAGUCACCCAUUUUGGCCGCGGAAAGUCCACUUCAAGCCAUACUUCGCCAGAUUUACACCCGGGCAGCUGGAUUACCCACGAGACUCUCGAAAGAGAUUAAAGAGGAAACCGCCGCGGAGGAGGAGGCGGAGGAAUCCCUAACCGAAAACGUGCCCAUUGUGGAGCGGGCUCUAGAGGAUCUGCACAAGAUUGCCGUGGCUCUAGAGCAAAAACCGGAAUCCGCGGAGCACAUGCACGUAGAAAUCCGGACAACGCCAGCUGUCAUUGAGGCGGAGCACGUAGUCAUCAAGGACGAGGACGAGGAGGUGGACGUGGAUGUGGAUGUGGACAUGGAGUAUAGACACGUAUCGGAUGUAAUUGCCAACUACGAGCAGUUGGCCAAAAAGGAGUUCGGGGAGUGGAAGGAGGAACAGGUGGGCAAGAAGGAAAUGGGGGAGGUUAAGGAUGUUAAGGAGGUACCACCCAAAACAGAGCUACGGAAAGCCAUAGAGGAGCAGCUGGCCAAAAAAGAGUUGAGGGAGGCUAAUAAGGUUAUUCCAGGGGAAGAGAAAAAAAUAUCUAUAAAAGAUGACAAACAGGAUGAAGAACCUUUAACCAAAAAGGAUAUAGGAAAAGAGGAAUUAGUUAAAAAAUCAGAAUUACAGGAGAGUAAAAAGGAGUUAGAAACAAGUAAGACCCAAGCAGAUCUUCCGAAAACUGAAGAAGUGAUGGAUAAAGAGAAGUCCUGCCUCCAUGAAGAGACCUUAACCUACUGCCAAGUUUGUGAUGAAAUGCGCUGCUCACCCAAUAACUGGGCAAAACUGAACAAAGCCGACCAGUGGCGCAUUGCUAACCUCCAGAACGAAUCUUUAAAGAACUACAAGGCCACUUAUGAGGUAAGAAGCCCUUACAUCUCGCGGCAGAUCUCCUGGGAGGACACGCAGUCGGCCAAGGAGAAUACCCCACCCGAGAAGCUGCAACGCCAGCGGAGCUUUGUGGAAAUUGUGACCACUCCAGCUACUCCAGAUUCUCCGCCACCAACGCCACCGCCUCCUCCACCGCCAAAAAAGAAUCACCCAACUUUGCAUCAACCGGAAACGGAAGUAACCUGGGAGCGGAGUCGUUCGCCCAGUCCGUUGCCUUCUCGCAAGUAUCCUGCUCCUCUCAUAGAAGCCCCACAGCGUUCCAGCUCACCUUAUGGUCUGAAUCCUGUCCAGACGAAGCCACCACCAUCACCUGUCAAUCUUCCGGUGAAGUACUCGCAUGUGCCGCAGCUGGAAGGCCACAAUAUUGGACUCCUGGUGAAAACCGCCACGGAGCCACUGCAGCAGAGCAUGUCGGCAUCCUCCUCAAUGCUGGCUGCCACGCCCCCGGCCACGCCCCGUUCUGCGGCACAGCCCUCGCCCUUCGAAUUCCCAAGUCUCGAGUCGGGGGAUCAGCACAAAUUCCGAUCCCUGGCUUCCUUCGACGAGGUGCAGCGGGAUUUCAACGUUAACCGAUCCUUCGAUAAUGUCUCGCCACGCCCAUAUUUGGGUAUUGAAGGCUACAAGCGUGUGGCCUGGCCACCGGCCUCGGAGGAGCGGAUCAUCCGGGAGUUCACCCCCCAGCCGCAGACCCAGAGCCCAGCUCCGGGCGCCGGGGGCUACUAUCCCCAGGCCCAGGCCCAGGCUCAGGCCCACGCGCCCGCGGCAGCUGCCCCACCCCAGGGACCCAUUUAUAACAACGUCCAGCCACGCACCACCCAAGCACCACCACAAAAUGUCUACGCCCCAGCACCACAGCAACCCACCUCCCAGUUUCCAGAUAGUUAUCCGCAUCACCAGCAGCAGCAGCAGCAGGAAACGCAGAUACCUGUGCAAUACACACAGGCACAGUUCAAUCGGCAGCGGUCGAGGGAACCCGUCCAGGUUCCAGCUCCAACUCCAGAUCCCGCCUCCCAUCCGAACUAUCAGUCGAACUAUCAACCGAACUAUCAAUCCAACUAUCCCCAGGAGUCGGUGCAGGCCGCUAACAAUGUGGGUGGUGGCUGGAAACACAUUGGUGCCCCGCUGCCCAAGUCGCGCAGUGAAUUUACCGCCGGAGGAGGAGACUAUCCUCCGUUCCAGGGAUCCUCGCAGCAGCAGCAGCAGCCAUCCUAUCAGCAGCCGCAGCAGCAGCAGCAGCAGUACGGUGCUCCUUCCUACGGUGGCUACCCGCAGCAGCAGCAACCGCAGCAACCUGCAGCACAGUGGCAACAGCAGCAGCAGCAACAGGUGCCACAGCAGCAAUAUCAGCCUCAAUCGCAGGCUCAGGCUCCCUAUCAGCCACCACAGUGGAACCAGCAGCAGCAGCAGCAGCCACCCCAACAGCAGCAGCCAUCGUACCAGGCUUCACCGUACCCGCAGCAGCAGCAGCAGCAACAACAGCAGCCAUCCUAUUACCCACAGCAAAACGGUGGCUCGACCUAUGCUCAACCCCCAUACAAUUCUUAUUCGCAGCCCCAGGUUCCGUACUCGCAGGAUCAGACCGAUCUGCAGCAGCAGCAGCAGCAGCAGCAGCUCCCUGGAGCCUUCGCUGGCCAGGAUAGCUACCGGGGCGCCAGUCCCGGGAUCAUCACCCUACGCAAGGAGGCGCCAGUCAGCCAGCAGCCUGCUCCAGUUUACUCUUCGCAGCCUGCCGCCGUCAGCUAUCAGGGAGGCAGCAAAUUGCGCGGAGAUUUGAAGUGGCCACCACCGGAGUACAAGGAGGCCGCGGCACGCGAGAACGAGGAGCGUCGCCAGUUGGCGUUGGGCCCCGUCUGCCGUCCCAGGAGAAUCAACCGGCAGGACUACACACCCUUCUUUGCCAAACACCAGUUGAACAAUGGCUAUCCCAGCUACAAGGUGCCACCCGGUACCCAGCACAUUUUCGGCUAAGUUAGGCGAUGGAAAUUAUAAGAUGCCAAGAACAACAACAGCAGAAAAUUCAAUGGAACCCACUUCAUAAUAAUACUGAAAACGAUCAUGUAUCUGUUACUAAAACGAAUCACUAACGAACAAAACUAUAUAUAGGAUAUAUACAAUUGUUAUACUAAUCUUAAAUGACCACUAACGACGCCAUAUAUAUACAUAUGUUACGAAACGAACCCAUGAUAGGUGAAUGCAAUACUACAGCAGGUGUGACUCCAUCCCAUGAAUCAUCUUCGGUAUUUUCUCGAUAAUGGAUGCCUGCUGAUUUUUCGAACAGAACGCACCCAUUAAAAGUGAUUAAGAUGAUGAUUCGUGGAUAUGGAACCCUGAUCCGGAUGCCCAGACGGGGCGAUGGAUAACGAUAUUCUCUAUGUAUCCAUACUAUAUACACAUAUUUGGAGCAUGUGCAUAUAGUAUGGCUAAGAUAGCAGAGCAGAACUAUAUACUACACCAUAUAGUGUUAGAUUCUAAGUUGAUUGUUACACUGUUAACUAGCUAAUGAAAUGGAAACGAUGCGACCCAAGACGGAAACUGAUAAUGAGAUUGAACCUUGUCUUAGAUUUAAGAGCAUUACUAAUCUAUUUAUUGUGAGCAUAUUCUAUUUAACGGAGAUCCUGUGGGGACGAUGAGCUCAAGGAACCAUUUCGGAACCAUCAACUGAUUGUAAAUUGUAAAAUGAGGGUCGAUCCUUUGGAGCAGUCCUCGCAGGAUUCUCAAUGUUUACUGUUUGAGUUUGCAUGCUUUUUGCUUAUAUCUCUACUAUAUGCACAUAUAUAUAUAUUUACUUUGACAUUGUUAAACUGCAAAUUAUAAAAAACCGUCAAUUAUCCCGCUAAGUAAGUUAUACAAGAGAUUAGGCGAUCAGGCCGAAAAAAAUCUGUGAGUUCCGAAAAUGCCAUUCAAGGAUAUUAAAAUCAACGAGCUCGUUCGAACCUCCCCGAUUAGCCCCUCCCAUCCGCCCGAGGUCGGCAUCUUAGUUCGCCCGCUGACCCCGGGCAAUAAUAUGAGGAUGUCCUUGCCUGCUGGACGAGCAGCCGCGAACUCAGUGCCCAGAUCUUGGCGGAUGGGACGAGGAUGCGGCCGGGACGAUGUCGAGGACGGGCCAAAAACUCUCAGACUUUACCAAUUACUAUGACCAGCAAUGUCUAUACCCAACUACACUACGAUGUAUAACUAUUAUGAAAUGAGAAACUAAAUAAACGGCAAGUUUUGAAUACUCGCGACGAGAAGAA